GAUCUACAACGUUUGGGAACACAAUGUCUCUAUCAUUUUGUUUGGGUUUUGGCUUUUUGGUAGAGUGAACAUCAUCAAAAUGAAGUUUGCCGAACACCUUUCUGCUCAUAUCACUCCGGAAUGGAGGAAACAAUACAUCAAUUAUGAGAAAAGUUGGCAGAAGCAACAAGAAAAUAUGCAAGUUUGAAAAACGAACUGACCGAAACACAAGAAGUGGGAUUUGGAGGAAAGAGAAGUUCUGUUAGAAAAAGUUUUCUUCAAAAAAAGAAUGUACCUGCACGUAAAAUACAAGAAAUUAAGUUGGCAUUUAGCGAAUUUUAUUUGAGUCUGAUACUAUUACAAAAUUACCAGAAUCUUAAUUUCACAGGAUUCAGGAAAAUUCUGAAAAAACAUGAUAAGCUUUUAUCUGUCGACUACGGAGCAAGAUGGAGGAUGGAAUACGUGGAAGGAUCCUUUUUCUUCACGAAUAAAGACAUAGAUCGAUUAAUUCGUGAAACAGAGACUGCUGUCACUCAGGAACUAGAAGGGGGUGAUCGUCAACGUGCAAUGAAGAGAUUGAGAGUCCCCCCUCUCGGAGAACAACAAAGUCCAUGGACCACGUUCAAAGUCGGACUCUUCUCUGGGGCUCUUAUUGUGUUACUCAUAUCGGUAAUUUUAUCAGGAAUGUUCAAAGAUAGAGAUGACUGGAUAAUAGUGAUACGCUUAUACAGAGGACCAUUUUUAAUUAUAGAAUUUUUAUUUUUAUGGGGAAUCAAUAUAUAUGGCUGGAGAUCUUCCGGAGUCAAUCAUGUACUGAUAUUCGAAAUGGAUCCUAGAAAUCAUCUUUCUGAACAACAUAUUAUCGAAAUGGCAGCUAUAUUUGGAGUAAUAUGGUCGAUAUCAGUAUUAUCAUUUCUGUUCAGCAAUCAAUUGGGAAUACCUGCAUAUGUGAAUCCAUUAAUUCUCUUGAUUAUUAUGCUCGCAUUUAUAUUCAAUCCUACGAAAACUUUCAUGUAUGAGGCACGGUUCUGGGCGCUCAAAGUGAUAGGAAAGGCAUUUAUGGCACCUUUUUUCUAUGUGUCAUUUGCUGACUUCUGGGUAGCUGAUCAACUAAACAGUUUAGUGACGCUAUUCACUGAUAUGCAAUACUUUGUUUGUUUUUAUUUCACAAAUCCGAGCUGGUCUGUGGCUGAAGAUGCAAAAUAUUGCGUGGAAAACUACCUUGGCGUUAGGGCGUUCGUUGCCUGUCUUCCACCAUGGUUCAGAUUUUCACAAUGUUUGCGUCGAUACAGAGACACGAAAGAAGUUUUUCCACAUAUAGCGAAUGCGGCAAAAUAUGCAACAUCCUUCUUUGUUGUGACUUUUUCGACGUUAAAUAAAAUUUAUGCUGAUGAUUUGCCAAGUCAGUUUGAAAAUUUGUUCUUCUAUUCAUGGAUAACAGCUUCACUUAUAAGUUCCUGUUAUGCCUACACAUGGGACAUCAAGCUAGAUUGGGGUUUAUUCGACUCGAAAGCUGGAGAUAAUAAGUUUCUACGGGAAGAAAUCGUAUAUUCUUCAACGUGGUUUUAUUACUUCGCUAUAAUUGAAGACCUAAUUCUCCGAUUUGGAUGGGCCCUUCUGAUAUCGAUGACAGAAAUGGGAUUUGCAUUGGAGAGUUCUAUGGUAACAUUUCUUGCACCACUUGAAGUUUUCAGGAGAUUUAUAUGGAACUUUUUUCGGUUAGAAAACGAACAUCUGAAUAACUGCGGUAAGUUUAGAGCCGUGCGCGAUAUUUCUGUCGCUCCUUUGGACACAUCAGAUCAAAUGCUCAUUGUUAGAAUGAUGGACGAAGAGGACGGAGUAACGAACAGACGAAAGAGAAAAAAUGCUACGAAAAACUCAGUGGAACCAAGAAUAAUGGCAGGACGAGAACAAGUUCAUAAUUCAAAUGAUUGAAGUCAUAUUUAUGAUAUAUACUUAUUGACUUUUGGAAUAUUUAUUUUCUUAGAUUAAAUUGAAAUACAUGAAUAGUU